AUGAAGUUACCCUGGACGAGACUCAUCCGGUUCGUCGCUACCGACGGCCGAGUCCUGCGUGGUGAACCAAUUUUGCCCAGCGAGGACUUCGAUUUGGGCAAUGUCACGGAAUCCGACCAGUUGAAGGCCAAGGUCAUCGAAGGAGACGACAUCUUCGAUACGACGGGCAAGACCAAAGUGACGGAUGAGGUCGUCACGGUGAAGAAGCUCCUCGGCCCAUUGGCGCGAGAGGAGGUGCCGAUUCUGAGAUGUGUGGGGUUGAAUUAUGCAAAGCAUAUCAAGGAAGCGGGACGACAACCUCCACCAUUUCCGUUCAUUUUCUUCAAGCCGAACACGACCGUUCAGGACCACGAUGCUCCGGUGGUAAUACCAAAGCUAGCACAAGACGACCAGGCAGACUAUGAAGGAGAACUAUGUAUCGUCAUUGGCCGCGACGCGAAAGACGUCCCUCUUGACCAAGCCCUGGACUACGUGGGCGCGUAUACAGCUGGCAACGACGUCUCGUCACGGAAACUCCAGCGAGAUCCGGAACUGGCCGGGAGAGUCCCUCAAUGGGGCUUCUCCAAGGGCUUCGACACCUUCGCUCCCCUGGGACCGUGUCUCGUGGCCCCCGACCUCAUCGGGAACCCGGCGGAGUUGCACCUGAAGACGAUCGUCGACGGCGAAACGCGACAAAGCGAGAGCGUGUCGGACCUGCUCUUCGACUGUCCGUACAUCAUCUCCUAUCUGAGUCAGGGGACGACCCUACAGAAGGGGAGUGUCAUUAUGACGGGGACGCCAGGAGGUGUCGGUUCUGGCAUGAAGCCUCCGAGAUAUCUCACCCCAGGGACGAAGAUGGAGGUGCAAAUCUCGAAGAUCGGGACGCUGCGUAACACCGUGGAGUUCGCAUAA